AUGCCACGAAUUUAUUUUGAAUACGGUCUGUUGGACGACAGUGUACUUGUAAAACAUCACGCAGUCGGUCGAGCAACGUUUGUUUUUUAUCUAACGGCUCAAGCUCUCACCAACCCACGUUUUCAUGUUCAUCUUUAUGUGUGUGCAAUCAUUGUUUUUCAAUUUGUAGCCAUACAUCACCUGUUUUCAUCCUGUUUUGUAUUCAUCAUUGUCAAAGCCUUCUGUGACCGUACAAAGUGUCCUACAAUCGUAGCGGCUGGCCAGUCUUCGCACCUUAUACAUAUUACUACCAACAUGUCUUCGUCUCAGUCUCCUUCUCCGUCAUCUUCAAAAGAUGGUGAACCAUUAUUCAACCUUCAAAAGGCGUUGGACAAAUGUGUGUCUGAUUGGGAUAAAGCUAAGGCAGCUAGAGAUAAAGCAGAAGAAGACCUUGCGCUUAUUUCACCAACACGGCCGAAGGAUGCCAAGCCAUUUAUUUUUAAAAACACCACGUAGUCGUCAUAACUAUAUAACGCCUAUAUUAUUAUACUCUUCAAAUUAUAAAAUUAUAUUAUUUUUUCAUUUUUAUUUGUGUACCGUACGCAGGUGUUCGAAAUAAAACGAGUUGUUAACAAAAAUAAAUGAUGACAUUGUUUUUAUUA